AUGUCGACCUAUACCGGACGCCUCCUCGACAAGCGCAAGGACGAGCUCUUCGCCAUCGUCGACGACCUCGACCUGCGCGGCGGCCUCCCUGCCGGCCGGGCCGUCACCAAGUACGACUUGCAGGAGGCCAUCCGCGCCGAGCUCAAGGCCAACCGGUCCGUCCGCGAGGACCCCCGCUUCGAGGGCAUCUGGGCCCACAUGCCCGAGUCGAAGAAGCCGUCGUCCCUCCUCCGCACGGCCGAGAAGACGCACGACGGCCACGAUCUCGUGACGCUCGGCGGUGACCUGCACCCGAGCUACGACAGCCCGCGCAAGAGCCUCGACCAGCUGUACCACGAGAACACCGCCUCGCCCGAGGCCGCAGCCGCAACCGUCGACGGCAGCACCGAGGUCCUCACGACCCUGCACGACGCCAUCCUCCAGGGCCCCAAGCACAUCGUCGACUCGCUCAUGCACCGCGGCGUCGACGGCGUCGUCGAUGACCUCGCCCUCGUGCCCGUGUCCAACUCGCUCCGCCGUCGCGCGAGCAAGUCGCUCGCGCUCGUCGCUCGCCGCGGCUCGACGAGCCUGAGGCACGCCGCGCACGAGACGGUCGGCCUCGUCGAGGAGGCGCAGGUCAAGGCGAGCCAGCCCUGGGUCGUCGUCGGCGGCAUCCUCGCCGCAGAGCUCGCCUUCAUCGUGUACGAGGCCGUGCCCUGGGUCGACAAGCAUUACGGCCCGCACGAGUGGCUCCACCGCUCGUCGACGCCGAGCUUUACCCUCCACCUCCCCGUCCUCUCGGUCCUGUUCCACAGGACGUUCUUUGCCGCCCUCCUCCUGUGGGUCGUCGGCACCUACCUCCUCCCCCUCGCCCUCGCGACCAUCUUUUCGUUCCCGACGCACGCCGACCGCCGCAUCCGGCGCCACGGCCGAGCGAGCGGCCACCCGCUCGCCCACCUCGCGCCGCCCAACCCGCUCAUCUUCAGCCUGUCGCGCCUCGCGCUCGCCCUCCUGCGAGGCUACGUCCUCGCGCCCCCGAUCGCGUCGCCGACGAGCGUCGUCGAGUCGCUCAAGACGGCGCUCAAGGAGAUUGCGGCGGGCGGGCCGGGCAGCCUCGGGCUCGCCGGCGGGCGGUACUCGUUCGACGGGGCCGUGACGGGCCUGUGGGGCGUCGUCGCUGUCGGCAUGGGCGUCGCGAGCGUCGUGAGCUCGUUCGCCGAGUCGAGGGUGUGA